UUUCAACAACUCAUAACACAUAGCAUGAAAAAAACAAGUGAUAUCACAUCAGAGUGAGUGUAUACACUAACACCUCGAUUUUGUAGAUCUAAAAAACCUUUAUCCUCACACCCUCAAAUCUAGCACACCCUAACCAUUAACCACCAACCAUGCCUUUUUCCUUUUUUAGGGUUUCAAUUUCAAUCCUCUCUUUCACUCUCACAACACACCACUCUCAAUUCCCACUCUCCUAAACUAAACCCAUUCUUCCUUUGGGGGGUGUGUUUAUCAAUUAGGAAACUUUUCACCAUGAUUUCGACUGUGAUUAACUUGGUAAUGACGAUGGUUGGUUUUGCUGUUAGCACAAUGUUCAUUGUUUUUGUUUGCACUAGGCUCAUUUGUGCUAGGAUUCACUUGAAUGCUUCUAGGAGAUCCUUUCUCAUUGCUUCUAGAUCCAAUCUCAGCUUGAUGGAGAGGGGUUGUCAAGGUCUUGAACGCGUAGAUGUAGCUAAAUUUCCAGUUAAGAAGUACAGUGACAAGUUUUUUGCAGCGGGUGAAAAUUCUCAAUGCACAGUCUGUCUCUCAGAGUACCAAGGUGAAGAUACACUGCGUAUCCUUCCCCCUUGUGGACACUCCUUCCAUAUGGCCUGCAUAGACUUAUGGCUGCAGCAGAACGCAACUUGUCCUGUUUGUCGAAUAUCACUGCGCGAAUUUUCCGAGAGAACGCAGUCAAUGCAACCUGUAAAUAGCUCUCAUCAUGGAACGGAGUCCUUUGACACUCAUCAUUAUCAUUGUAGAAUGGCUAACAAUGGAUUAUUGACAAGAACCACAGAUAACCACGGAGUGAAUCAUAUUCAAGAGGAUCACUUUCCAUCUGAGGGCGAUGGAGCAGUUGAUACGGAGAGUAUCACCUCCUUACGUCAGGGUGAUUUCAUUAAAGAUGAAGAGAAGAAACAUGUAGAGAGCCCAUCAAAUUUAUAGAUUUGGUUGGUUCCUUUCAAAUUACUAAUUGAGUAAAGUUCAUGUUCCAAAAUUGGAGUGGAAUGGAUUAGCAUGUUGAAAGAUGGUUAUUUUCUUUUAUUUUACUGUAUAUAUAGCAAUGAAAUUUUGCCCCUCUACGGGGCCUCCCUCUGCUGUCUCCUCUGUUCUUUUCUUAAUCUUCAACAAUAGCUAGAACUUGAACGUUGAAUCAAUCAAUCACACACGCACGCACACAGACACACACUUUCCUACAUGUAAUUGUUAAAGACUAGAAUUAGUUGAUAUCGGCUGGAGCUACAGCUGUCUUUCACCAUGCA